AUGGCCUCCCAGCUUCUUCCUCUUGAGCUAAUCGACAAGUGCGUCGGCUCUCGGAUAUGGGUGAUCAUGAAGGGCGACAAGGAGUUCUCCGGAACCUUGCUCGGGUUCGACGACUACGUCAAUAUGGUUAUGGAAGAUGUCACUGAGUUUGACUACACCGGCGCUCAGAUCAAGCUCCCCAAGCUCUUGCUGAAUGGAAACAACAUCUGCAUGUUGAUUCCCGGUGGAGAAGGACCAGUGGCCAGCUCGUGA